AUGGAUGCUCUUAUAUGGAACAUAAGGUCAGUCAAUACUCAACAAUCCUUUGAGAAGCUGAUCAGAUUACAUAAAAAGAACCAUUAUGACUUCAUUGGACUAAUGGAGCCUAUGCAACAAGCUAGAACACUGGAAAGGUACAGAAAUAGGAUUGGUUUUGCACAAGCUAUUGCUAAUGUUUCAAACAAAAUAUGGGUUUUCAUUGAUGAGAUAUAUGAGGUCACAAUAUUGUAUAAUUUGGUUCAGCAGUUAUCCAUUAGACUUUAUCACAAAGAGACUCAUGUGGAAUUUGUUCUUACUUUGGUAUAUGCUAAGUGUGAUGCCAUAGAGAGGAUUGAACUGUGGGACUCUUUGUAUUACAUGGCUAAUGAUAUGACUAUCCCAUGGUUGGUAGGGGGUGAUUUUAAUGUAAUAUGGGAUGAGGAGGAAAAGUUUGGAGGGCUUCCAGUACAUCUAAAUGAAAUUGAUGAUUUUAGGCAUUGCAUAAACACUUGUAAUCUGACAGAUCUUGGUUUUAAAGGCAGUAUGUUCACAUGGUGGAAUGGAAGGGCAGAGGAAGAAUGUAUUUUCAAAAGAUUAGAUAGAUGUCUGGCAAAUGCAGAAUUUCAGCAGACUUUCCCAGGUAUUGAAGUCCAACAUUUGUCCAAGACAGGGUCAGAUCAUUCUCCUAUGCAACUUAAGUGUGAUAUAGAGAAUCCCCCAAUAAAGAAACCAUUCAGGUUUUUAAAUUUUUGGGUGGAUCAUGCAUCUUUCAAAGAAGUGGUACAACAGAACUGGAAUGCAGAUUUCAGUGCAAAUCCCUAUGUGUUGUUCUAUCAUAAGUUAAAGAAAGUGAAGAAGGCUUUAUCUGUGUGGAGCAAAACAACUUUUGGAGACAUUUUUCAGAAAGUAGCUAGCUUGGAGGAGGUGGUUAGUGUGCAUGAAGCAGAAUUUGAGGUUAAUCCUACAAAACACAAUAGGCAAAGAUUGCAAAAAGUACAGGCUGAAUUGAACAAAGUUCUAGCAUUAGAAGAGAAGUAUUGGAAGCAGAAGGCAGGCAUGGCCUGGUUCAAGGAAGGUGACAGGAAUACUAAAUUCUUCCAUGCUCAAGUUAGAAGCAGGAGAAAGAAGUUGCAAAUUUCAAGAAUUCAGAAUAGGCAGGGUGCUUGGGUAGAAGAAGAUGAAGAGAUAGCUGCAGAAGCAAUAGAAUUCUUUAAGGAUCAAUUCACAGAAUCUUCAGUACCCUCAUCAUUUGAUAUUAUCAAUCAGGUGCCAUCUUUGAUAGACACAGAACAAAAUGAAGAAUUGAUUAAACAGCCAACACUAGAAGAG